AUGGCUCUGCGCAAGCGCCGCUCGGUGCCCGAUGCCAGCGACAACCCCAAGCACGUGCCAGCCAGAGCUUCCCUACCCGCGCCGAGGCCCAGUGGCUCCACUAAGUUCAUGACGCGCGUGGUCAUGAGCUUCGCAAUGAUCGGCGGGUUCGUCGCGAUUCUGUACGGGGGCCACAUGUACGCCUGGGGGCUCGUCGUCGUGCUGCAGACGCUGCUGUUCCGAGAACUGGUUAACGUGCGCUACCGAGCGGCGGCGGAGAAGAACAUCCCGUGGUUCCGCUCGGUGCAGUGGAUGUGGUUUGUCGUAGCGCUCUUUUACAAUUACGGCGACUCGUUCGGCGCGUUCAUCGAGAGCAGCAAGAUCCGCUUUGUGCCUCCUGCAAUUGUGCACUAUCUGCGGUACCACACGUGGGUCUCGUUCACAAUGUACGCGCUGCUUUUCGUCAUGUCGGUGCUGAGUCUGAAGAAAGGGUACUACAAGUACCAAAUGGGACAAUAUACAUGGACGAUCGUGACGUUGGGUCUGAUUGUCUUCCAGAUGAAAUACGUACUCACGAACAUCUUUAACGGCCUAUUCUGGUUCUUGUUCCCCGUUUCGGUGGUGAUCUGCAACGACUGUUUUGCCUUCUUUUGCGGCAAACUAUUUGGCCGCAAGUUUAUCAAGACACCGUUCCUGCGCCUGUCCCCGAAUAAGACUUGGGAGGGAUUCAUCGGUGCUCUUUUGUGUACCAUUGUGUAUGCCUUUUUCUUCAGCGCUUUCAUUUCUCGGUUUUCUUGGCUGACCUGCCCAGUUGAGAGCUUUGAGUUCAAGCUGAUACCCGAUCCACUUACAUGCACUCCUCACGAUGUAUUCCUCCCGCACUCCUAUGACGUCCCGGUCUUUAUCGCGCGUGUCAUCAACCGCAGCCAGAUUCAACUGCUUCCGAUCCAGCUCCACUCAUUCUGGUUUGCCAUUUUCGCAUCGAUCAUAUCGCCCUUUGGAGGGUUCUACGCGUCAGCGAUCAAGCGGACGUACCACCUGAAGGACUUCGACUCGGUCAUUCCGGGCCAUGGUGGUGUCAUGGACCGAAUGGAUUGCCAACUUAUCACGAAUUGCUUUACGACAGUCUACUUCAACACUUUCAUCCGAUCGCGGAUCCCGUCCGUGGCGACGAUUUUGAACCUCGUGGUAAAGUUGACGCUCGAGGAGAAGCAAGAUGUGCUGCAAGCCAUUCAGGAAAUGCUGCAAAGCUGA